UUCCACGAUAAUAAGGAAGGAAAGGGUGGAGAAUCGCAUCCGAUCCGAAUCCGGCGAGCCGAAUCAAAUCCGCCGCGAGCACGCGCAGCAAAUUCGCCGCCCUGAGACCUCCUCGCCGUCGAUUCCUCAGCAUUCCUCCGCGCGGAGUUAGCAGGAAGCGGGUGGGGGAGCGGGGCGGAGAGGCGGGCUGCGAUGGCGGCGGAGAAGCCGGCUCCGGUGAGGGUGCUGUACUGCGGCGUGUGCGGCCUCCCCGCCGAGUACUGCGAGUUCGGCUCCGACUUCGAGCGCUGCAAGCCGUGGCUCCGCGCCAACGCGCCGGGCGUCUACCCCGAGGAGCUCCUCGCGUCCUCCUCCUCCGCCGCCGCCGCCGGCGACAAGGACGUCGACAAGGUCGGGGAGCGGCUGCGGGGCGUCGGGAUCUCCACCGCCGACGGCUCCACCAGUGCAGGGGAUGCUUCGGCGUCGAAGCCGGAAGAGGUGAAACGCUUGCCUGGUGGAAAGGUCAAGAAGAAGGAUAAACAAGAGGUUUCGAUCGAGAAGAUUGUCCGCAACAAGCGCAAAUGUGUUACAGUGGUGAAGGGCCUGGAAUUAUUCGGUGUCAAGCUGAGCGAUGCUUCAAAGAAGUUGGGGAAGAAAUUUGCUACAGGAGCCUCUGUUGUUAAAGGCCCCACUGAGAAGGAGCAAAUUGAUGUGCAAGGGGACAUAUCAUAUGAUAUCGUGGAGUUCAUUACAGAUACUUGGCCUGAUGUACCUGAGUCAGCCAUUUUUUUCGUUGAAGAUGGAGGAAGGAAGGUUGCUGCUGCUUGAUGUUUUAUGGCCACAAGGCAGAAUACCAAAUGGAGUUACAAAUAUAGUAGAAACAUAAGACAAGAGUAUGCCUGCUAAGGUAUGGCUCUUACAUGAGCUCAUCAAUGCUACUCCUCCAAAGACAAAAAAACUGUUCCAUUUCGUUUUUGGUCUUAGUUCACAACUGGUGUUUUAUUGACAACUGGUCCCAUGUGUAUCAACUUUAUCCUGCAAGUCAGUUUGGUAUUGCUAGCCAUUUGAAGUGGCAAAUGUUUGUUGUGGACUUGCAAAGAGUGCA